AUGUUCGCCUCGAUCCGUACCCUCUCGACGCGCGCUCUCCCCCGCGCUGCGGCUUCGCGUGUCGUCGUCGCCCGCGCCACCAUUGCCGCCCGCGCCUACCACCCCGUCCCCGCUACCCCUGCUGGCUUCUCUGGCCUCGAGUCCGUUCCCGGCAAGGUCGAGAACGUGGGCACCCCCGUCAACGUCAAGACCGGCGCUGAGGGCGGCAAGCUCUACGCCUCGGCUGAGGAGGCCAUUGCCGACCUCAAGUCGGGCUCGCUCGUCCUCUCCGCUGGUUUCGGUCUCUGCGGUACCGCCGAGACCAUCAUCGCCGCUAUCCACGCCCGCCCUGACAUUACCGACCUCACUGUUGUCUCGAACAACGCCGGCAACGUCGGUGCUGGUGGUCUUUCGCCCCUUAUCGCUACCAAGCAGAUCAAGAAGAUGAUCCUCUCUUACGUCGGCACCAACAAGGCCCUCCAGGACGCCUACAUUGGCGGUGAGGUCGCCAUGGAGCUCAACCCCCAGGGUACCAUUGCCGAGCGUCUCCGUGCCGCCGGUGCCGGUAUGCCCGGUUUCUACACCCGUACCGGCGCUGGUACCAACGUCGAGACCGGUGGCAUCCCCAUCAAGUGGUCCAAGCCCGACGCCGAGGGCAAGCAGAAGGUUAUCGUCCCCGGUAACAAGAAGGAGGUCCGCGAGUUUGACGGCAAGCGCUACAUCUUCGAGCCCUCAAUCCACGGUGACGUCGCCAUCCUCCGCGCCUGGAAGGUUGACAAGGCCGGUAACUGUGUCUUCCGUUACACCACCAAGGCCUUCGCCACCCUCGUCGCCAAGGCCGCCAAGGUUGCCAUCGUCGAGGCUGAGAACAUUGUCGAGAUUGGCGAGAUCUCGCCCAUGGACGUCGACCUUCCCGGUAUCUACAUCGACCGUAUCGUCCCCGCCACCGUCGAGAAGAAGAUCGAGCUCGUCACCCUCACCGAGGAGCACGCCUCGUCCGAGGACGCCGGCUCGAACAAGUCUGCCGCUCAGCUCAAGCGCGAGAAGAUCGCCCAGCGUGCCGCCAAGGAGCUCAAGGACGGCUACUACUGCAACCUCGGUGUCGGCAUGCCCGUCCUCGCCGCCAACUACCUGCCCCCCGGUGUCAACGUCUGGCUCCAGUCUGAGAACGGUAUCCUCGGUAUGGGCCGCUACCCCACCAAGGAGGAGCUCGACGCCGACGUCAUCAACGCCGGCAAGGAGACCGUCACCCUCGUCCCCGGUGCCUCGACCUUUGACUCGUCCGAGUCGUUCACCAUGAUCCGUGGUGGCCACGUCAACGUCUCCAUCCUCGGCGCUAUGGAGGUCUCGGCUACCGGUGACCUGGCCAACUUCAUGAUUCCUGGCAAGCUUGUCAAGGGUAUGGGUGGCGCUAUGGACCUGGUCUCUAGCCCGGAGACGACUUCUAUUGUUGUCGUUACCGACCACACCGACAAGUACGGCAACCCCAAGGUCAAGCAGGAGUGCUCGCUCCCGCUCACCGGCAAGGGUGUCGUUUCGCGCAUCAUCACCAACCUUGCCGUCUUCGACGUUGACCGUGAGGGCGGCUCUGGCCUCACCCUUGUCGAGAUUGCCAAGGAGUCGUCGCUCGAGGAGAUCAAGGAGAAGACCGGCGCCACCUUCAAGGUCGCCGAGAACCUCGGCAGCUUCUAA